CUUUUAUCCAAUUUGUCCGGAAACUUUUGUUAUCUUUUGUACGUAGCAAAAUUAAAGUCAAUAUAAUAUUGUACUACCCUAAAUUUUCUGAGUGUACUACUCCUCUAAUUAAAUGAUCACAACUACCUUAGCCUUUCCAUCUUAUCUCGUGGCCUCGUACAAUUAACCCAACCUCAAUCUUCAUCCUAUCCCAGCAAUAUAUAACAUAACAUAACAUAACAUUCACCGGAGAAAAGUAUAACUCGCGGAGAUGAACGACGGAGGCCACAUGCACGGCAUGGCGGCGCCGCCGCCAUUAGGAGGAGGCAAUUAUUCGUCCAACGGCACAACAACGAUGACGAUGCACCGCCGCCACAUGAUGAUGCACAUGACGUUUUUCUGGGGCAAGAACGCCGAGAUCUUGUUCAACGGAUGGCCGGGCUACGACCAUCUGGGCAUGUACGUAUUAGCACUAGCUGUGGUAUUUUCCCUUGCCCUCGCCGUCGAAUGGCUCUCCCACUGCAACAUUCUCCGGCCGGAAACCGCCUCCAGCCGGCGGGGAUCGGCGGCGGCGGCGAUUGGGGUGAUGCAGACGGUGUUGUAUGCAGUGAGGAUUGGGUUGGCGUACCUUGUUAUGCUGGCCGUCAUGUCUUUCAACGCCGGUGUGUUUCUUGUUGCUAUUGCCGGACACGGUGUCGGAUUUUUCUUGUUUGGGAGUAGGGCUUUUAACAAACAGAAUCAUUCUUCCGGCAAAACUUCUGAUCUUCCGCCGAUGAACUGUUGAUGUAGCUUUUGAAAUUGUUCUCAUAGGUCUGAUGAUUUGUCUUUCAAAUGUAAGAUUUUGUUGAUCGUUCCCUAUUUACUCUUUGGAUCAAUAGAAUAGAAAGAUUUUGUAAUUUAUUUUGUGAUAUUUCUGUACGCGCUACUGAUCAAGGAAUUAUUCGUAUUUCAAUUA